AUGUCAUUAUCAUAUAUUGAUAAAGCUAGAAAGAUUCUUUGUAUUGGUAGAAACUAUGCUGCUCAUAUCAAGGAGUUAAAUAAUACUAAACCACAACAACCAUUCUUUUUUCUAAAGCCUUCAUCAUCAAUUUUGAAACCAAAAAAUGGUCCAUUUUUAGUUCCAAAAGGAGUAAUUGUUCAUCAUGAAGUUGAAUUAGCAUUUACUUUAAAUCAAACACUUAAAGACUUACCAGAUUCAUUUUCAAAUAAAGAUGCACUUGAUGUAAUUGAAGGUUAUGCUUUAACUAUAGAUAUGACAGCUAGAAAUGUACAAGAUGAAGCUAAAAAAAAGGGUUUACCAUGGUCAAUCGGUAAAGGUUUUGAUACAUUUUUACCAGUCUCAAAUUUCAUACCAAAAGAGAAAAUUCCAGAUCCUUAUAAUGUUGAAUUAAUAUUAAAAAUUAAUGAUGUUAUAAAACAACAAGACCCAACUAACUUAAUGAUUUUCCCAAUUCAUAAAAUUUUAAGUCAUAUGAGUAGAAUUAUGACUUUAGAAAAAGGGGACUUAAUAUUAACUGGUACUCCAAAAGGUGUUGGACAAGUUAAAUCAGGUGAUAAAGUUGAAGCACAAUUGAAAGUAGGUAACGAAAUAAUCGAACAAAUUAAUUUUGAUUCAAUUGAAAAACCAGGACCUUACGUUUAUAAGGAAACAUAG